AUGCGCUCUCAGAACAUUCGCCAGAUCCUUGAUGACUCCUGCAUCGGCGGGGCAGUUGAGAACCGCACCCGCCCCAUCGCAAGCGACGCAGAACACGACAGCCACAGCCGCUACCGCGGGGACGACGACGACGACGACACCAACGGCGGCAGGCAACUCCCAAUCCCAAUCACAGUCCCAGCAGCAGGCGAACCCCCACCGUCGCCCUUCACCUCGGCGCCCCGACCGCGCGACGCCCGCAUGCUCGAGCUCCUCAUGACCUCCCAGGGCGUCACCUCGUACGAAGCCCGCGUGCCCCUUCUCCUCAUGGACUUUGCCUACCGCCACACGUCGGCCGUCCUCAACGACGCUCUCCAUCUCACCGUAGACCCCCAUACCUCCCACGCCGGCACCCGCGCCGCCUCCACGGCCGGUGCCACCGCGACUCUCAUUGGCGCCGACGCCACCGUGUCCGCCAACGCCGUCCGCCUGGCCAUCGCCUCGCGCCAGGGCUAUCAAUUCCGCGGCGGCAACAAUUCUGGUGGCCUCAGCAAGGAAUGGCUGCAGGAGCUCGCCAAGGAGAGGAACAAGCGCUUCGUUCUCAGCGGCCUCAGCUGGGGCCUCAAGGAUGUUUGGGCCGACGAAAACUCCUCGGGCGAUGAGGAUGAGGAGAUGGAGGACGCCCUGGGCGGCAACACGGGGACUGGCGCGAUGGACGGCAUCGAAGCACCGGAUCUAGAUGACGUGGAAGCGGAGGGGUACGAUGGAAGAUGUGUUUGGAGAUGA